AUGCAGCCAUUGACGAUUGUUGUUGCGCUGGUCGCCUUGGUCGGCUUUGCUCUGCUCAGUCUCCUCAACGCACUACGAUCAACGCAUGCCUGGAAGGUCAGGUCUACUGAGCCUCCUGGCCCGGAACUUGUACCAUGGGUGAGUCGAUGCUGAUACACGCGAAUAGAGAUUCAUCGCUAAGUCAAGUCGUUAGAUCGGUAGAAUCCAUGACCUACCCAUUCAGUACAUGUGGCUCAAGUUCAAGGAAUGGGCAGACAUUUAUGGCCCUAUCUACCGCACAAAGAUGCUCGGCGCGAAUUUCAUCAUCAUCUCCGACGAGAAGGUCGCGGAAGACAUUCUUGUUAAGAGAGGGAAAUAUCAUUCCGACCGUCCACAGAUGAAGUCGCUCUUCGACUCUAAGAGCUCAACUGGUACCAUGGAAUAUCUACCUUUGAUGGGCAAGAACAGUACGUCUUUGCAUUUGUGAGUACUAUAUUGGUGCUGAUCGAAAACUCCAGUGUACUGGGCUCGCCAACGCAAGUUUGCGCACUCUUACAUGACCGAAGCAUCCAACGCGCAAUAUAACGGUAUCAUGUAUCACGAGACCAAGCGCUGGCUCAUGCGUCUCUUGCAAAACCCGGACGAUUUCGCCUUCUCCCUCGAAGACAUGGCUUCCAAGGUUAUGUGCCGGUUGACAUGGGACGACGACACCCUCAGUGAGCCCAUGACGCCGUCCGCCUGGGGCCUCUUGACGCAAAUGUCACCCGCUGGGCCUAUCACGAAUGUCAUCACUCCGCUGUGGGACUGGAUUCCAGAGCCUGUCAACCCCUGGAAGCUCGCCGAGCGGAAGCGUCACGAUGAACAACAGCGAUGGUGGAUGGAUCGGAUUACUACCGUCCGCGCCAACAUGGCGAAGGGCCAAGCGCGAUCAUCCUGGACAAAGACCUACCUAGAAGGCGGCCGCAACGGCAAUCUAUCCGGAGACUACGAGGCGUCCUGUGCUCUUGGCAUGAUGGCUCUCGUCGGCGUCUUCACCGUUGCCGGACCAUUGUACUAUUUCCUCCUAGCCAUGGUUUACCAUCCAGAGUGGCAGAAAAAGUGCCAGGAAGAGAUUGAUACGGCAUGCGGAGGCCGCAUGCCCGAGCUCUCCGACAUGCCGAAUCUUCCAAUCUUGCGUGCUUGCAUCAAGGAGACCAUGCGAUGGAAGCCAAACGUCCCCACCGGAGUCGCGCACGAGACCGAGCAGGACGACUUUUAUGAAGGCUAUCUCAUCCCCAAGGGUUCGCGCAUCCUGCCUCUGGACUGGUGAGUUAUGAGAGAUCUCUUCCCGUCGCUAGUGUCUAGACUGACGAUAUAACAGGGCAUUCCUCCGCAAUCCCGUCAAAUACCCCGACCCAGAGACCUUCCGACCAGAGCGGUGGCUUGAAGCUGGUUGGCCUACCUUCCAGGAGCCACUGACUCAAUACCCCACCAUCAUGAACAUGACUUCUUUCGGCUGGGGCCAGCGCGCAUGCCUGGGUCAGACAAUCACGCGAGACGAGACUGUUGUCGCCUGCGGUGGCCUCCUCUGGGGCUUCAACCUGGUCCGGAAGCGCGACACGAACGGCCGCCCGAUCGACCCACCUCUCAACAAGUCCAACUCCCUCCUCAUCAUCAAGCCGGACCCCUUCGAGAUGUCAUUCGAAGCUCGCAGUGAGAGCAGACGCGCGGAGAUCAUGCACAACUGGGCCGAGACAGACGAGGCGGACAAAGUUGCCCGCGCGACGUUCGCAAAGCACGCGGCGGCCGCCCUUCGAGCCGGCGCAUAA